GCAUCCCCCGCCCCCGCCCCCGCCCCGACCACCGGAAGCCCCCCGGGGGAUCCUCCCCGAUGGGAAGCCCCCCUACGAAAACUCCAUUGCUCCCGGCCUGCUCCUACCGCCGGGACCAGUUCCAGUGCCAUCGGAAUUCCGCUGGCCGGCGGCUCUUGCACAGGUCCUCUGGCUACCCGUCGACCUGCACUACCGCCGACGGUUCCGCCCAGUACUGCUGCCCCACCGGAACCGGAUGCUUCUCCUCUUCAUCCUUCACCUGCUAUUCCGCGAGCGGAACCGGAACGUACCCCACAACUCCGACCAACUUCGACUCGGACUGCUCCCAGGUUGUCGAGCUGACGAUCGACGAAGCGCAGGCGCUGUUCGAGAGCGGCCAGCUGACGUCACACUCGCUCGUGUCCUGCUACCUGCAGCGGAUUGCGGACUACGACAACAUCGGAACGUUCAAGGGCCUCACCGCUUAUGCCACUAACGCCGUUCUGGAGCUCAACCCGACGGCUUUGGCUGACGCCGACGCGAAGGACAUCGAGCGCGCGGCGUGCGCGCCCAACUGCAACCUCAACAAGCUGCACGGAAUUCCGGUCGCCCUCAAGGACAACGUGUGCGCGGACGGAAUGGAGUGUACCGCUGGCUCCUGGAACCUGUUUGGCUCCCACCACGCGGAAGCCUACCUCGCGACCGGAAUCAAGGCCGCGGGCGGAAUCAUCCUGUGCAAGCUGGGCCUCUCCGAGUGGGCCAACUACCGCGGCAGCUCCGUCUCCGGCUGGUCCGGCCGCGGGGGGCAGGUCUACGAUCCGUACGUCCGCUACCAGAUCAGCGGACAGAUCACGAUUGACAACCCGUACCCCGACAUUCCCUCUGCGCUUCCCGUCAACACCACUUACUUCAACCACUCCAACCCGACGAUCGUCUCCGGGAGCUCUUCCGGUUCCGGCGUUGCCGCCGCGACUAGUCUGGCGAUGGUAACCAUCGGUUCCGAGACAAGCGGAUCGAUCCUGGGCCCCAGCGGAUCGAACGGACUCGCCGGAAUCAAGCCCACCGUGGGUCUAGUCAGCCGCGCCGGCGUCGUUCCGCUGUCGGAAUCUCAGGACACAGCCGGGCCCAUGUGCCGGACUCUGACGGACGCCGUGUACCUUUUGGACACCAUCACGGGCGUCGAUCCGAACGAUGCGUACACCAACGGACAGGUCGCGCCCGUGGGCGGCUUCACACAGUUCCUCAAGACGACGGGCCUGCAAGGAAAGAAAAUUGCUUUCACCCCCUUGAACCCCAACACCACCAACCCGGUUCUUCUGGCCGCCUUCAACUCGAUCCCCGAUAUCCUCAGGGCCCAGGGCGCCACGGUGGACGUCCUUCCGUUUCCGUUCACCAUCCCCGGAACCAGCGGACUGAGCACCAGCUCCAUCCUUCCCACGGACUUCAAGGUCGACAUCAACAACUUCCUCUCGGAGCUAACCUGGAAGGCUGGCUUCACCGUCCAGAAGACGUUGGCGGACAUGAUCCAAUUCAACAAGGACAACUAUCUGCUCGAGUUCCAGGGCGGCACGUGCUGCCGCGGACAGCCCGCCUACGGCAACUUCUUCCAGCAGACCUGGGAGAACGCGCAGAACACCACCGGGUUUGACUCGGCCGCCUACAUGAGCUCCAAGCAGAACGCAUCGGCAAUUGCGGCCGCCAUCACCACCUUCCUCAACAGCAACGGCUAUGACGCGAUCACUUCCAACGGGGGGCUCAUCGGUACCUUCGCCACAGCCCAGUUCCCGAGCAUUUCCAUUCCCGGGCUCAAGACCAGUCUGGGCGCACCGAGCGGGUUCAUCUUCCACGGAUCCGCGUAUACGGAGGCAAAGCUUAUUGAGAUGGCCUAUGCAUACGAGCAGGCCAAGCCUUUCCCCCGCCCGCUCCCGACCUUUUGCAACGGCGCCAGUUGCUAG